AUGUCCUACUGGACGCUUCGUCGGCCGUUAAUGAAACAUGUAAUCAUAAACGCGUCAUAUUUGCUAAUGAUAUACGCAGCUGCUGCAGAAGCCAACAAUCGACCCAGCAGCAGCCAUGUACAAUCGAUUUCUGACAUCGUUGGCGCCGGAAACGGACUAGACAAUAACCAGCAACUACUAUCUUCUAUGCAUAGAAGUUUGAUACUGGAACGAAAAUUUUAUGUGAAUAGCCACAAAACUUUAUCUCUCGUAAAGUCUGAUUAUGGAAUUAGGAAUUGGCCACGCCAACGAUAUGACCGAUUGUACGAAAACGUUAGAUGGAAACGAAGCUCUAGCAACUUUAGUACAAAUAGCAACUUCAUUAUUCUAAACUUGUCAAACAAAAACCUAAUUAAUGCUAAGCGGUUAGCAGAUGAACUAUCAAAAUACAGUCUCAGGCAAACCAGCUACGAGAUUAGUCACUAUUAUAACCUUAGUGAUAUUAGUGCAUUAGAUUUAUCCAGAAACAAUCUAACAGAUGAACUACCGGGGAGCGUACAGAGUAACUUCUCCGUACUAUCCUGGUUGGAUUUGUCGGAAAAUAACCUGUCCACUGUAGAACGACUAAACUUUCCAACUUUGAAAUAUUUGAAUAUUUCGUGCAACCGCAUCAAGAGAUUCUCCAGUUCUUCUGUGCAACAUUUAACUCGUUUGGAUUUGUCUCACAAUGCUAUCGCAAAUAGCACGCAACUUUCUCCACUCAUCCUGAGAAAUCUUACCGACCUGGAUCUCAGGUGCAAUCAACUGGAAACACUAGACAAAAGCUUCUUUCUCCACACACGUUUGCUUCAUCGGCUGGAUCUCUCCGGAAAUGCAAUCAAGCGGCUGAAACGUUCUAUUUUCUAUAACCUCAUCAACCUCGAACAGCUGAACCUAGCCGGAAAUCACAUCAACGUUAUUGAAAAUGACACGUUCUCUUAUCUGGUGAAUCUGCAGUUUUUGGACCUGUCCGGUAACGAUAUCGGACCGAACUCGAUUCGUGCGCUUCAGGGCAUUCCGGCUCUGAUUGGACUGUCACUGGCCGACAAUGUUCACCUUGGCUCGGUUAUGCAUGAGUUUGUUGCAUCAUGGAGUCUAAAAGACCUGGACGCAAGCGGAACCGGCCUGUGUCACAUACCUACAGCCCUAGCACAGUCGGUUAAAUCAUUGAAACUGGCCAAUAAUUUGUUGAAUGUCGUUCGAAGUGGUGAUUUGGACAGUUAUCCACUGCUUCAGCAAUUGAUUCUUUCUGACAAUCUAAUAACGGAUAUAGAAGACGACGCGCUUGGACGACUGGAACUGCUAUCAACACUCUUCCUGGACCGCAAUCGAUUAACACGAGUACCGGUUAGCCUUCCAUCGAACCUAAUCCAUUUGUAUUUGCAGAGCAAUGAAAUUUAUGAACUGCAACCGAGCGUGUUUAGGAAUCUGAAAAGUCUCCGAACUCUAAAUCUGGCCGGAAACCGAAUCGCCUAUUUGCCAGAGCUUCCCCUACCAGGACUCGUAACGUUAAACGUGCAACGCAAUGACCUGAAAAGGCUGAGUCAAUCGGUGGUGAAAACGUCACCGAAUCUAAGAGAUUUUUUGCUGGAAAACAAUCCGAUGAAAUGUGCAGACCUGCUUGGCAUUGCUGAGUGGGCUAAACCGUGUCGCGAUGAAUUGCUUUUUGAAGAUAGAGAUUUAUUUGACGGCGAUGACAGUGGGAAUGAGUUUGAUAUUUUCGGAAGAUUUACGACCGGGCUCAAGCGGGACAAUAGCUGUAAACGAAAGCGCCACGUCCAUGGAAGCGUGGUACUAACACGAAUGGAGACGAAAGUAGCUUUAUUCAAAUCACAAUGCCGAAAUGAAAAUUUAAUUAACCUGAACGCACCAAAUCGGCUCAAAAGCGAUCAAACUACCGUAAAGCAUCCAUUACAGGACGAUAAAAUCAGUUCAACGAUAAGCACCCCCGACACCGACGGAAAAAUAAGCAUGAUAAAUGAUAAAUCCGGAGGCAUCCGGCAAGAGAGUUUAUUAAAUAUUCUAAUAGCUUGGAAGCCAAUGUUUGCAGGUGAGCGAAAUAAUUCGGUAACACCGCAGCUUCUUGACAACAAGAGAGAAGAAAAGGGGAACAUCAAAAACACAGUAGCAGCAUCAGUUGAAAAUUUUCCUCUGAACGUAAAAACUAAUCUUUUAGAAAUUGCUGAACAGCCAUUAGAAGCACAAAAAAAGUCACCAAAUGAAGGAGGAUCUAACGUCCACACACAAGAAUUCACCACUGUUAGCCAUGAUAUAUUGAAUAAUAAUUCAAGCGUAAACAAAACCGUCAAUUUAGCGGCAAUAACACCGAUUGUUAACGUAACUGGAAGCGAACGUGACGAAGCAGAUAAUAGUAGCGCGGAUUCGCGGAGUUUUAAGACGAAGGAGAGAGACAACAGAAAUAGCUUAAUUCAAGCUGAUUUCAUGACAACACCAGAGGCGAGUUUCGGUUCGAUGCAAACAGCAAGUACGAGUGACAAAUUGGCAAAAAUAACAUGGAAAACGACGGUAGAAUCCACAUCGUCAUCGUUGGUGUCGGUAGCUUUGCCGACAUCUACGAUGGUGCCUUCGAUGACCUCGAUUGCAAAAAAAUAUGAUGGCAAAGCGAAACGAGACUCAACAACACCAUCGGUAUCAGAGCCGACAGUGAUGCCAUUGUUGACGUUGUUGACUAUGACCACAAAGACAACAAACAGGAUCUUCGUCAGUAAUAACAGCUAUAGAAACCCUCAACGUGAGCAAGAUGACACCAGUCAAACGAACACCAAAGCCGAAAGCAAUUUACAACGGAACAGUCAUCCCAGCGGUGCCUCUUUUGCCAAGUCACAGUACGGGGUUGGUAAAAUUAAAAGUAAAUUCAAUUCGGAACAAAAACCCUCUAUCCCACAGUCAAAUAUUACUAAAGCCCGCAAGAAUGUGAAUCAUAUGAAGAUGAAAUUAAAAUUUAACCACCAUCAAAUGCAUGACGGCGAAUUUCGCGACGAUUUUGACACGGACACCGUUGGUCUAUUGCGUGACAGCUUCGGAAUCGACCACGAAAAUAAUGCACACCGGAUGAGAAACAAAUUUUCCAUUUACGACAGCAUCUAUAUGGCAUCGCUCAAAAACGCAAAAAUCAAACCAUUCCAUCAUGCUAUGCACGUACCGAAUGCAUCCAGAGCUCAUACCGGCACUGGCAGCCUCAACCAUAGUAACGAAGGAAUUCACGCCACGUCCGUGGAAGCGUCAUCGAAAAUUCUCCCACAAGAAUGGAAUGAUGCUCGACCGAUGUCGAAUGGUGGUUCUCAUUAUGGUCUAUUCAUUGUGGUCGGGGCCACUCUUGGUAUGCUAAUUUCGUUCGGUUUGUUCCAUCUCUAUUAUUGCCGUGUCCGGCAGGGUCAACAUCUGCACGAACAUCAUCACCACCAAUACCAGCAGUAUUCUGCCCACCAGAAUCAUAAUUCCGCUCAUCAUCGCUAUUCAUACGCAUUCGAACAGGACGACGGAGAUGAACGUUUAACGUACUCUAUCUCCACAUCGGUACUGGACGAACCUAGCGAGUUGACAUCUGCUAACUCUCCAAUCCAUCAUCAGCAGCAACAGCAACAUCGAAAGCAGGAUAUGCUGAAUAUGGAUGUACUAAAUCCUCUUAAAUCAAAACUAUUGUCGAGAAAUCCGAGCAGCAGCAGUAGUAGCAGUGCUAGUAGCUGUUUUGAUAUCGACAAUAGUGGUGCAGAACCGGAGGUCCUCGGAGUAGGUGGUUGUGGCACUAGUAAUCAAGUACCACAGCUGGCAUGGCCUAGCACCACUGGUCAACGGCGUAACUACAAUUCCAAUACUUCCAGCAGUCAUAAUAAUCCACCGAAUCAGUCACACGAAUCUUGUACUGAUGAAGUAUGGAUCUACUAUCAAAAUGCGAGGGGAUUAAGGACAAAAAUCGACGAGUUAUUCCUAGCUUCAAUCGACUGCGGUUAUGACGUCAUCAUUUUAACUGAAUCUGGCUUGAAUGACUGCAUCAACUCUGUGCAACUGUUUGGUUCCGCUUUCAAUGUUUUCCGCUGCGACCGUUCAUCCCGCGACAGCCAUAAGACUAGUUUUGGAGGAGUUCUAAUUGCAGUCGCUGCUAAAUACGUCAGCUCGGCCAUCGAGACGCGCAACGGCGCUACAAUUGAGCAGGUAUGUGUUACGACCACAAUUCAUGGAAGGAAAUUUUCGUUAUGUGCUGUUUAUCUGCCGCCGGACAAAAGCCGUGAGGUUGCAGCUUUCGAACAACACGUUGCAUCGAUCCGGGAUAUAUGCGAUAAUGCAGCACCAAAUGAAAUCAUACUAGUAUGUGGUGAUUACAAUCAACCACACUUGCAUUGGUCCAUUAACGACGGCUGUAAUCAUCUCAACCGAACUCUUGACCUGGUCUUCACUAGUUCUGAUUCAGUCGAUAUCAACGAAUGUGCAGCGCCGCUGCUUCGAGUUGAUCCCCUUCAUCCUCCUCUAGUUUUGUCAAUUUCUUUUUCUGCUGAUGCAGCUGCCAGGAAUGUUGACACCAGUGCUGAACAUAGUCUCAACUUCCGGAAAAUCGACUUCGAUGUUUUACUCGACUACUUGUCAGGAUUAAAUUGGAACGCAAUACUCAACUAUAGUGACGUAGAUGAUAAGGCUGAAAGUUUUUGUUCAUGCAUUUGUGAAUGGUUGUCAUUGAACGUACCGGUUAGCAGACGCCCCAACUCUCCAGCGUGGAGCACCGCUGAAUUGAGAAGAUUAAAGCGACAACGCCUAUCGAAAACUAAACUCAUGGCUAUACAAAUCGGAUUACUGCGCGUACAAUCUAAUUUAAGGCAUAAUCCAAAAUGCUUCUGGAACUUUGUCAACUCAAAGAGGAAAAAUUCAGCUAUACCGUCACUUACGUUUUUGGAUAAUGAGCAGUCGUCUUCGGAAUGGGAAACCUGCGAACAGUUCGUAAAAUUCUUUGCUUCUGUUUUUGUAUCGGACGUUACUUUAGACCAAAAAAUUGAACAAGCAAUUGUUGAUGUUCCUGCUAACAUCGUUGAUUUGGACACAUUCGAGGUUACUCAACCCUCGAUCUUGGCUGCAAUUAACAAAAUGAAGAGUUCUUUUUCUCCUGGUCCUGAUGGAAUUCCUGCUGUCGUUUAUCGCCGUUGCGCUACGUCACUUGCUUAUCCACUCAGCCUGAUAUUUAACAGCUCUUUCGAACAGCGUAAAUUUCCAAAAAUCUGGAAGCAAUCGCUCAUGUUCCCCGUAUUCAAGAAAGGUGACAGAAGAAAUGUUCGUAAUUAUCGUGGAAUUACCAGUCUAUCGGCAGCAUCGAAAUUAUUCGAGAUAAUCGUCUCGCAAAGUAUUGUUUCUGGCGUAAAAUGCUAUAUCUCUCCAGAUCAACAUGGUUUUAUGCCUGACCGAUCGGUUACCACGAAUUUACUGAAUUUCACGUUCACUUGUUUCACACAAAUCGAAUCCAAAGGUCAGGUUGACGUGGUUUAUACUGACCUCAAAGCAGCCUUUGAUAGAAUUGACCAUCGCAUACUUUUGCAUAAGCUGCGUCAUCUGGGAGCCUCAGAUAAUUUGACCGAAUGGCUUCGCUCUUACCUUUGCCAUAGAACACUACGCGUGAAAUUGGGAACAUGUAUUUCGACACCGUUUGGUAACUUGAGUGGAGUACCUCAGGGGAGCAACCUGGGGCCUUUGCUGUUUACGAUAUUUUUCAACGAUGUUGCAUCUUUGCUCGAUGGUGACUGUAAACUGGUUUAUGCUGACGAUUUUAAACUAUACUCUGUAUGUCAACGCAACAAACUGAUUGUCAGCGUCCCUAAAUGCUCCGUCAUGACAUUUCAUCGCAUUGCACAACCAAUCGACUACCACAUAGAAGACAUUAAGCUCAACAGAGUCGAAGAGAUUAGUGACCUUGGAGUUCUGAUGGAUAAGAAACUUACCUUUGCCAAUCAUCGAGGAGCUAUCAUCGCUAAAGAUAACCGACAGACCGAAAAUAGCGAAAGAUUUCAACGAUCCUUACAGCCUUAA